AUGUCAAGUGGAAAACGACGGAAUCCACUUGGACUUAGCCUUCCCCCCACAGUGAACGAAAACGAAAAGGAGGAUGGUACGAAGGAGGAAGAAAACACUGCGCAAGUUAGUCUCGAUGAACAGCUUAAACGACUGGGUUUGACUGAACCACAGAAGCAACGUAUGAGUGAAUGGAUACAAGUGAAAGAAGCCAUCAAGGAACAAGAGCUAUCCGAAGACAUGCUGGAAAACGAAGGCGAACUCGGACACGGUAAUGGAGGCGUUGUGCACAAGGUUGUUCACAAAAAGAAUGGCGUAACAAUGGCUCGAAAACUGGUACAUUUAGAGGUAAAGCCUUCAGUCAGGCAACAAAUAGUAAAAGAGCUUGCCGUUUUACACAAAUGUAACAGUCCGUAUAUAGUUGGUUUUUAUGGAGCCUUCAUCGAUAAUAAUAAUAGUGACAUAUCGAUUUGCAUGGAGUACAUGGAUGGGCUUUCUCUUGACAUUGUUAUGAAGAAGGUUGGCCGAAUCGCAGAGAAAUUUGUUGGCAAAAUCUCCGUAGCAGUAGUGCGAGGACUGGCGUACUUGAAAGAUGAGAUAAAGAUUCUGCACAGAGACGUAAAACCAUCGAAUAUGCUGGUGAAUAGCAACGGCGAAAUUAAACUUUGUGACUUUGGAGUGUCCGGAAUGUUGAUUGAUAGUAUGGCGAAUUCGUUUGUUGGGACGAGAUCCUACAUGGCGCCCGAACGGCUUACUGGAUCACACUACUCUAUUCAAUCUGAUAUUUGGUCAUUCGGACUGUCUCUCGUCGAACUUCUUAUUGGACGAUACCCGGUUCCGUCACCAUCGAAGCACGAGUAUUCUGUGAUGUUUGGCAUUCCCGAGUCACAAAUUCAGUUGGCUGAUGGGCGGGCCGACGUGAGUCGUUCCUUGUCAAUUAUAAUCUCUUUAUAUAUUCAUGGCAUGUUUUUUAUGAGAUUUUUUUAUUAUUGGAUUCAGGUCCCGCCCUACCAGGCAUCGAAUAAUCCUGCUGCUAUGGCUAUUUUUGAAAUGCUAGACUACAUUGUUAACGAACCGCCACCCACGUUACCGAAAGGCGUCUUCAGUGACGAGGCAGUCAAUUUCGUAUCGAAAUGUCUAAAGAAGUUACCUGGUGAACGAGCAAAUCUGAAGUCACUGUCGUCGGAUCCUUUUUUCACCAGAUAUGCUGAUGCAGACGAUAACGGCGAAUUUGCAAAUUUUGUCACAGCCACGAUUUCGAUUCAACCGGUGCAAUGA